UCCGCCAUUGCAAUCACUCGCGCUCUUUAACUUGGCCCCGCUGCCUCGAGGGUGCAUUCGGAGGGGUAGUGCGAAGGAGGCGACGAUGCCCGUAAUAGAGUUGAGGUUCGAAGGGCAGGAGGUGGGGGAGCGGCGGAAGUCGAGGUCCGGUGGGCGGCAUAGGCGGAGACGAGGCGGAGAUGGCAGCAGCCCCGACUCCUUGAUCCACUACUACUCCGACCGUCACUCUUCCAACGGGAACAGAGAGGGGUUCGUCGUCGUCGGCGGAGGCGGCAGUCUCUUCUCCCCAGCCGCCGGGAGUGUCGCCGACCGCUGCUCCUUCGGAUCCGACCCCGACGCCUUCUUCUCCGCUUUGCCCUUGGCGGGAUGCGAGCGUGCCGGUGGUGGCCCUCCGACGGACCCAGAUCCAAAGGGAAGGCCCUUCCCUCCUCUCCCUUCUCCUGAUAUGCUCGCCCCCUCUCCAUGUCACAGCCUUCCCCCACCUAAUUCCCCCAGAGGUCUGACAGUGCCAUCUGAGGACCUAGAACAGAGUGGAGAAGAAGACGAAGGGAAAGAGGAGGAGGAGGGGGAGGAGGAAGAAGAAUAUUUGGACCCGUCAAAGCAUUCCUUCUCCCACGCUCUCAGAGAAUGCCAGAACAGGCGGUGCAGAUCUGAGGCUGUUGAUUUGCCUGGUAGGAAGCCACAGAGGCCGCAGCAAUUGUUGCUCGAUUUCCACGGCCAGAGCGCCGAUGUGUCUGUCCUGUCACCACGUUUCCUUGCUGCGGGUUUAACAGGGAUGAAGAAGAGCUCUGCUGCCUCGUCUCGCAGCAGAUCUGGCACGUUCCCGAGCCCCGGGACUCCAAACUACGGGCACGGUGCAGGGGCAGCUGCAUUCCAUAAGGGCUGGAGCUCGGAGCGGGUGCCUCUGCCAACGCGUAGCAACCGCAGGUAUGGGGGUAGCGGUGUGUUGUUACCCUUCACCAAUGGAAGGACCUUGCCCUCGAAAUGGGAGGACGCGGAGAGAUGGAUCUUCAGUCCGGUCUCAGGAGAAGGGGUUGGGAGGUCGUCAGUGCCCCCGUCACAUCACAGGCGGCCCAAGUCAAAGAGCGGUCCGCUCGGAGCUCCUGCUGGAGUAGUUGGUGCCUAUUCAUCGGCAUCGCCACUGGUUCCUUGCUUUGAUAGCAGCAGGGUUGGGAAUUUCGCUGGGAACUCACCUUUCAUGGCAGGAGUUUUGUUGACAGAACACAGCUUCUGCGGCAAUGAUGGUAGAGGAGAAGGUGGUGGUAGUGGUGGUAGAUGCACUCGAAGAGUUGGUGAUGGCGCAGAAGCUCAUUCAGCUGACGGUGGGGCUUAUAUAGUCCAAUCUGCUGGCAUCCAUGGGUGGUCAGAUACGUUGAUCGAGUCUUCUUCCUCAGUGCCCAGCUCUCGGGAUGAGAAAUUUGAAGGUACCAGAGAGACAGCUUCCACAGUCUCGGCCUCAGUUUUGAGGAAGGAUAUGGCAACACAAAUGAGUCCAGAGGGAAGUACACCAUCUUCUCCUAAGCAGGGGCCAUCUUCCCCCUCUCCAGAUUUGGUCCCUUGCAUUGAAGAGCUAGAGAGCCACUUUUCAAAGCUUGAGGUUAGGGAUGUGCAGGUAGAUGAUCGGGUUACUGUAACCAGAUGGUCCAAGAAACACAUAGCACGGGGCUCUGGUAGGUGUUCAGCGAGCAUCAUAGAAUGGAAGAAGAAGACUGUGGAGGCAAAUACAUCUGCUUGGGAAAUUGCAGAGACGACAAAAUCCAUAUCAAAGUACAAGAGAGAAGAAGCCAAGAUCACAGCAUGGGAAAACUUGCAGAAGGCAAAAGCUGAGGCAGAGAUCAGGAAACUAGAGAUGAAACUAGAAAAGAAAAGAUCUUCCUCGAUGGAGAAAAUUCUAAACAAACUUAGAUCAGCUCAGAAGAAAGCACAGGAGAUGAGAAGUGCAGUGACUGCCAACCAAGCGAUGCACAUAGCAAAGACUACCAAAAAGGGUUCAUACUUUCGCAAGAAUGGGCAGAUCAGUUCUCUUAGUGGCUGCUUUACUUGCCAUGCCUUCUAGUCCUUCCUCGUUUUCACCAUAAGCUUCUUUCAGUGUAAGUGAUUGAUGAUAAUGUUUGCCGAAGAUGUGGAAAUGAAGAUGGAAGCCUUAGUGGCAUAUUUCUGUGCUGUAUAAUAUGUCAGAAUCUUCUAUAUAUCCAGUAGUUUCAAAGGUAUUGUCAUUUUAAGCUGCUCAGAGGUAAUGUGCUUAUGAGAACAAAUAAGAAGGUCCAGCUCUUGCACAAAUUGCAAAUAAUGGUCUUCUAUCAUAACGAAGCUUGGAAAAGCAAAGCAUGAGGAGCUUUCUUUAUAAAAUACACUAAACAUCAAGUUGAAUACUGGAUAUCUGCGAGCAUUCUUCACAAUUUUUCCUGUUUGCCCUAUGGAUGGGACUGCAUGAAGGCAUUGCUUGGAGAAGUCCAAUGUCAGUUGAGAAAUAUGGUCUGCCAGAUAGGUCUCUUGCUGAGAAGACAAUUUUGCCACUAGGUUUGGAGACAUUGCAUUGGCGACACACUAUGUUAAUCAAAUUUAUCAAUUACAUAUAUGCUGGAGACUCUACUUCAUGUUUUGGUGAAUUAGAAGUCAGGUUUAUGCAGUUUAAACCUUCUUUAUAGCAACUUCACAGCAUAGAAUGAUUGUGCACUGGUGGAAUGAGGACUAAUGGGUUCUUUAACAGAAAGAACAAGGGGCUCAAUAAGCUUGCUGAAUUGGCAUUUAGGUGAAGAUUCAUUUUGGUUCAGCUGCUACCGCGAAUGAUGAUACUAGGGACUUGUCCAAAACAUUCAGAUUCAUCCGUCAUGUGGUGACCUGCUCUAUACUGCUAUCCUCUUAAAUGAUGAUAUGUGCUGCUUCCACUUAAGAUUGUAUUCUGUUUUGUCAUCAGUGCUUCUGGUCCAAAUGGGAUAAUGUGACAUUUAUAAUCAAUUAUCUAUCAUCUUUUUGUUUCUAA